AUGAUCAGUGCCACGGCCGACGAGCCACUUCACGUGCUCGAUCUCCCGCAACUCUACGAGAAGCCUUCCGGCACCGAUCUUGUGAAAGCGCUGGCUCUGCUGAGUCUGCAGCCACGCACAUUCGGCACCAGCGCUGAUGUCGUCAAGGGCCCGGCCGUCCAGCCCGCUGGCGUGACUCGGUAUCUCACAUCCAUCAUCUCGAGCCCGUUGGCAUGGCUCGAGACCGAUGAACUCCGCGAGGCAAUCUGGGACGCGGCCGCUGCACGACUCAGUGAGCGCUCUGGCCGAGCUGCAAUGCCAGCUAUGUCUCGCAUCUUCAAUGUGCCUACCUCCUCCGGCGAGGAGUACACUCUGACACUCCACGAACCAUCACUGACGGCUGAUAACCUCGGCAUGAAGACCUGGGUGUCAUCCUACCUUCUCUCCCGCCGGCUCCAUAACCUCCUCGAAUCGCCCCCGCAGCUGGUCCCUACCGCCUCGACUGACCCCUCCACAUCCAAGACUGAGACUCCUCUGCGGGCACUUGAACUUGGCGCUGGCACUGGGUUGGUCGGGCUCUCCUUUGCCGCUCUCCAGGGUAAAUCGGCCACCAUCCACCUUACUGACCUGCCCGAGAUCGUCCCGAACCUCGCCCACAACGCUGCCUUGAACGUAGAGCUUCUCAACCGGACAGGGGCGACUGUGACCACCGGCGUACUCGACUGGUCGGUCACGCCGUCGCCCUUGCCAUCGGCGGAAGAGCGAUUCGACGUGAUUCUCGCGGCUGACCCGCUGUAUUCUCCCAGUCAUCCGAAGUUGCUGGUUGAUACCAUUGCGCCUUGGCUUAGCCAUGGGCGUGAUGCGCGAGUCGUGACGGAGAUGCCUUUGCGGGAUGCAUAUCUGCCACAGGUGCAGGAGUUCCGGCGGCGAAUGGGUGAGUUGGGCCUUGCCGUCGUUGAGGAGGGUGAAGAGGUUGGAUAUGAUGACUGGGAGAGCGCGGAUGGAGGCGCCCUGGCCGUCAAGUGCUGGUGGUCCAUUUGGGGAUGGACUGAAAAGGUAUAG